CCUUCUUUGCUUCUAUCUAUUUCCUUCCCUUUUAAUUUAUUCAUCAAUGGCAUCUACCAAAGUUAAGAUUCCCACCAUAGAUUUUUCUAAUCCAGAACUAAAACCAAACACUCCACUAUGGGAAUCCACAAAAGUUCAACUUUUUGAAGCUUUACAAGAAUAUGGUUGUAUUGAAGCAAUUUAUGGUGAAAAUCCAAAUGAAACUAGAGAGGGUAUCUUUGAUAUUCAAAAAAAAAUAUUUGAAUUUCCCUUAGAGACCAAAAUGAAAAAUCAUUCAGAAAUACCAUUACAUACUGGCUACAUAGGGCAAAUUCCACACUUGCCAUCUUAUGAAAGUUUGUGUAUUCCUAAUUUCCUUAAUCCUCAAAGUGUUGAAAAUUUCGCUAAUAUAUUUUGGCCUCAUGGUAAUCCUGAAUUCUGCAAUUUGGUCAAAUCUUAUGCAAAUUCACUUCUGAAAUUAGACGAAAUGAUGAAAAGGAUGAUUUUG